AUGGCGGCCCCUCUGGAGGUGGUGCUGAGCAGUGACUCCGGCUCACAGCUGUGGAACUGCACCGUGUUCGACCUGCACAGCGACUCCAGCCUCCUGUCGUACCGCGGAGGGAACAGCUCUGCCCGGACCCUCACGCUUCUAAACGGGGAAUACCUCCUGUCCGCGCAGCUCGGGAAGAACUACAUCAAUGUGUGGGAGAUCCAGAGGAAGGAUCAGCUGCAGCAGAAGAUCAUUUGUCCCGGUGUAGUGACCUGUCUGACAACUUCACCGAAUGGGCUUUUCCUUGCGACAGGUGUUGCAGAGGCAAUUUACCUGUGGGAGGUUUCAACUGGGAAGCUGUUGUCCGUGUUAAGUCGGCACUACCAGGAUGUCACAUGUGUGAAGUUUACAGAUGACAGCAGUCACUUUGUCACUGGGGGUAGAGAUAACCUGGCCCUGGUGUGGAGUUUGUCUAGUGUGAUUCAGUUGGAUUCGGCUCAUGUGCCCGAGCCCCGACAUGUGCUCUCUCGUCACUCACUGCCAAUCACAGACCUGCACUGCGGACUCAUGGGACCUCAGGCCCGAGUGGCAACUGCCUCGUUAGACCAGACUGUGAAGGUCUUUAUCAAACUACAGACUAUAGAAGCGAUAGAGCACCUGUUUGUUACCCGUUUGUCCACAUCCAUCCCCUCUCUGCCCCCGCUUCCUCUGCAGUACACCUCGGUCAGUCCCCCCCUCCUACAUUUGUAA